AUGAGUGAGAACUAUCUAGAGCUCGAUGUAGCUCAGGGGAUACCGGUUUGGGAUGAGGUAUUCCAACGUGAAAAAGAGCAAGAAAAGCUUAGAAAAUUGGAUGAGAAGGAGUUGAAGAAGGCCGCUGCAUUAUAUAAAAAGAGACAACAGCAAGCAGCAAAGGAGCUGCAAGAAAGUGCUGCAGAGGUGUGCAAAAAGGACGCAGAAGCAAAGGCGCGGGAAUGCAAGGCAGCCCGGGUGCAAAAGCAGCAGGAAAAAGACGCUGCAACCGCAAGAAAAUUGCUGGUAGCGCACAGUUUGAAGCUCAGAGGUAGCUACGCGAGGAAGCCAUUGUGUAAAUUUUCUUUGAGGUACCAGGAUCAAAAGGAUUCAAAGCCUCGAAGCCUCCGCCUGUGCCGCAUAUCCCUCCCCAGUCUUCUUCCCUACUCUGUUCCUGCACCAAUGUCGGCCACCACAGAAACCAAAGUGUACGUCGUCACCGGCGCCAAUCGAGGCCUCGGUCUCGGCCUUGUGCAAUCACUCCUUGCGCGUCCCCAGCACACAGUGGUCGCCACGGUUCGUAGCGAGCAAGCCAAACAAUCGCUGGAAGACGAGGUCAAGAGCGUCACGAAAGGAACUGGCAGCACGCUUGAAAUCAUACAAUACGACUUCUCCACGGCCAUCGCUCCGAAUCAAGUGGAAAGCACAUUUGCCAAGUUGAACAUUCACUACAUUGACGUUCUGGUGCUCAACGCCGGAGGGGCACAACCAAUGGUCCCGCCAAGCGAAACCACAGCCGAGGACCUACGGGCAGCUUUCGAGACCAACACCAUCGCGCCUCUGCUCGUCUUCCAGGGCCUGAAGUCAUAUCUGCUACAAGCCAAAUCGACUCCCAAACUCAUCUGGGUCACCUCUUCGGUCGGGAGCAUUGGCGACAUGGAUCCGUUUGGCGGCGGCGCCUACGGUCCAAGCCGAGCGGCACAGAACUGGCUGGCGCGCUCCAUCCAUCUCGAAUUCAACGGCACAAAGGGCGACACGCGUCUGAUUGCCAUUCCCCUGCAUCCGGGAUGGGUACAGACGCGCGCGGGGCAAUAUGUCGUCGAUCAGUGGCAGUCGGCGCUCAAGGCCAUCGACUACAACAUUGAGAAGCCCCCGACUACGCUCGAGGACAGCGUUUCCGGCAUGAUCAAGGUUAUUGAAGAUGCGACGGCGGAGCAGUCAGGCCAAUUCCUGACCUUUGAAGGCAAGUCCUUGCCGUGGUGAGUUAUCAUUUGUGGGUUUGAAGAGUUUGCGAGCCAGGCGUGCCCAUUCAGCGUGGAAGAGGCUCCCAAAAGGUCAAUAGGUGUCAGCCGUCAGAACGAAAGAAUACACUACUAUGCGUUCAUCUAUGCUGCCUGUAUUCUAAAGGAUAGCUAGGUCCUAGCAUAUGCUUUCUAUUAC